AGAGGCACUAAUUUUUGGCUGCUCAACAAAGGAAGCAACUUUAUUCAAAUCCAUUUUGCUUUAGCGUGCCCGUAAUUCCAACCAAACAUAUCCUCAAAGCCCUAAUAUAUACUCCCACAAGCGCACCUCGUUUCCUACACACAAGUACAAAGCGUCAACUUCUUCUUCGCUAAACUGGUCUCACAGACAUUCGCUUGUCCCUCAGUCCACACUUUAGCUUAGCCACAGCAACUAUGGCUGAGACAGCGGAACCCCAGAAGCUGGUCGAGCUCGAGAAAGUGCCCGACCCCGAGGCCGGCGUGCCCCCGAAAGGAGAGGAGGCGCCCCCAGAACCCCCACUUCCGCCCCCAGUGCCGGCGCCGCCGGUGGAAACUUGCGUCUUGGUUGACGUGGCGCUUAGGGUUUUGCUCUUCGCAGCGACACUGACCGCUGUGGUGGUGAUGGUCACGGCCAACCAAACAAAGGUGGUGCCGGUGCCGGUGCCGGGGGUGGGGAGCCAGGCUCCGGUCGAGGCCAAGUUCCAGAACUCGCCGGCUAUUGUAUACUUUGUGGCAGCCUUAUCAGUGGCUGGCCUUUAUAGCAUCAUCGCCGCACUCGCAUCAAUUUCUGUGAUCUUGACGCCAAUUUUCGCCGCAAGUUUCCAGCUCUUCUUCCUGAUCUCUGAUGUGGUGGUGCUCGGCCUCGUCGCGUCAGCCACGGGCACUGCCGGCACGGUCGGCUACAUCGGCCUGAAGGGCGACACCCACGCGAACUGGGGAAAAGUUUGCAAUGUUUAUGACAAGUUCUGCCAGCACAUCGGAAGCGCCACCGCCGUCUCGCUCUUCGCCGCCGUCGUCCUCGUCUUCCUCAUCACCCUCUCCGUCUUAUCUAUCCACAAGAAGAUCCCCCAGUGCCAGUAGAGAGACUUUUCUUGUCUGUAAAUUGCUCUAUUGGGAUGUGCUUUGCGUGCAAUGUGGUCGAUCCUGUACCGGCUGGAACAGCGGUCUAGUUCGUGUAAAUUUGUAUGUAUGGGUUUUUUGGGUGAUCGUGUCUUGUUCUGGGAGAUGCGUACAUUGUGUUUCCCAUCUUGUGCGUGUAUUUGGGCCACUCAAUGAUUAUGGGUAUUGAUGUCGUUUCGCGUGGUUCA